GGUUGAGACUCGAAUUGAAGUUCUUCACAAUGGCUGAUCUGAAAGACGAACGAGGAAACCCGAUCUAUCUCACGGACGAACACGGGAAGACGGCUCAGCUCAUGGACGAGUUUGGUAACGCUAUGCACCUAACAGGUGUCGCAACCACAGUUCCUCACCUUAAGGAGAGCAGUUACACUGGUCCACACCCAAUCACUGCACCAGUCACCACCACCGAUACGCCUCACCACGCACAACCUAUCCCUGUGUCCCACGACCCUCUUCAAGACCAUGAUCGCCGCUGGUUCGGCACCAACUCGACGGAGGAGGAUGAUGAAGGAGUACAGAGGAAAAGUAAUAUAACGACUGAUGAAACUAAGACGAAGCCAUCGGAUGCGACCCGAUCAGGAUCGGUGCAUGAGCCGCAUGAGAAGAAGGGUUUCUUCAAGAGGAUUAAGGAUAAACUUACCGGCCACCGUAGAGAAUAAAGAUGAUAUGUGAAAGUUUCCAUACAGUAUACGGAUAGUCAUAUGAUUACUUGUAAUCACAGUUAUGGUCAUAAAUCAUCUUUGAAUUUAUUGGAAUUAACAGUUGUUUGCAAUUGUAUAACACGAUAAAGGAGAA